AUGAUAGUGCCACAAAGCUCUGCUGAACGGAUAGGGUUUGGAGGGUUCGGGGAAUCCAGAGGGAUAGGGUUCAGAGGGUUUGGAGGGUUCGGGGAAUCCAGAGGGAUAGGGUUCAGAGGGUUCGGAGGGUUCGGGGAAUCCAGAGGGAUAGGGUUCAGAGGGUUCGGAGGGUUCGGGGAAUCCAGAGGGAUAGGGUUCAGAGGGUUCGGAGGGUUUGGAGAGUUCAGGGAAUCCAGAGGGAUAGGGUUCAGAGGGUUUGGAGGGUUCGGGGAAUCUGGAGGGAUAGGGUUCGGAGGGUUUGGAGAGUUAAGGGGUUCAGAGGGUUUGGAGGGUUCAGGGAAUCCAGAAGGGAUAGGGUUCAGAGGGAUAGGGUUCGGAGGGUUUGGAGAGUUCAGGGAAUUCAGAGGGAUAGGGUUCAGAGGGAUAGGGUUCAGAGGGAUAGGGUUCAGAGGGAUAGGGUUCAGAGGGUUUGGAGAGUUCAGGGACUUCGGAGAGACGGGGUUCAUGGGUUCGGAAAGACGGGGUUCAGAUGGUUCGUAUGGACUGUUUAGAUCUUAA